AUGGCUUCGCAGGCAGCUACUCUUCGAGGCGACGAGUACUCGUCCCGUCUGCCCACUCCACCGCGUAUCGUCGUACCGCCGCCUACAGCAAACAUCAAUCUGGCCCCCGAGUUCAACCUGCAUCCCAUCGCUCAGUCGGGUCCGCUUUCUGCCGUCAACUACGACAAGAUGGUGACAGGCAGCCUCCUGGACUGGAGCUACGAACGUCGCCGUCAAGCACAACAGAUCCUCCCCUUCCUCUACCUGGGUCCCAUGAGUGCCGUCAAAGAUCGCGACUUUCUACGGACUGAAGGCAUCACACUACUCAUGGCUGUCCGCCAGCGUCACUCGUUUGAGAGCAAGAUUAUGCAAGCCGCCCUCAACGUCGCCGACGAAAUCAACAUUCAGAAAAAGGCCCUCGACAUGUCCAGUUCCUACGAACUCGUCUCUUCCUUCACACGCGCUGCCAUUGUCAUCAACGACCACAUGAACUCUACCCCCAACGCCAAAGUCCUCGUCUUUUGUGAAAGCGGAAACGAACGCUCCGCUGCUGUCGUCGCUGCUUACCUCAUGGAGAUCCUGGCCGACGUCGAUCACAUCAAAGCCAUGCAGAUCGUCCAGGCACAACGUUUUUGCGUUAACUUCGAUGACAACGUCAAGCGCCUUCUACAAGGCUACUGGGACAUUUUACAAGCCAGACGUACUACUGCCAACUUCAGCGCCAGCGGAAGGCCCAAGCGACUCCUCGAAAGGGACAUGGACAAUGAUGGUAUGGACAUUGACGAGUCUGGUGACGACGGCGAGAGGUUUGAAAGCAGAACAUUUGCUCCUUUCGUGGACACUGCUUGA